AACACGUUUAGUAGAAGGAGGGGACUAGAGGACAGUUCAGCUGGGAGCGUAACGUGGCAAGAACUCGUGAAGAACGUUGCUUCGCAUAACACAUUCCAUUAAAAAACUGCACUAGAAUUUAUUGCAACCUGUUUUAAUAACGCGCCGAAAAUUGUGUACAAGAUGCUGCCGAGACGACGUGUCAUUGAUCUUCUGCAAGUCAUUUCAUUUCAGUCGUAUUACGUAAGUAAACGUAAAAAAAGUGAACGUGGAAAGUGACAAUAUUAAUGGCAAUCUGUCAGCGGAAACUACACGUGCAACGCCCAUUAAAAUGUAGAUGUCCAGCGCAUGGAAAUCCCAUUGGAGCAACCAAUGUUCGCGAACACGGAAAAGCUCGGAGUACCGCGGCAAAUGUCGCACCCGACAAGGAAUAUGCUUUCGAGAUGGCUUGUUCCACGGUGAGAUAUGGAAUAGGGGUAACGAGAGAAUUAGGGAUGGACAUGCAGAAUUUGAGAGCAAAGAAGGCAUGUCUGAUGACCGAUUCUAAUCUAGUGAAUCUGGCACCCGUAAAAACUGCCAUCGACAGUCUGUCCAAACAUGGUGUUAAUUUCGAGAUUUAUGAUAAAGUAUACGUGGAACCAACUGAGCAAAGUUUGCAGGACUCGAUCGAGUUUGCUAAGCGUGGACAGUUCGACGCUUUUAUAGCGGUCGGCGGCGGUUCCGUAAUAGACACUUGCAAGGCGGCAAAUCUAUACACGUGCGACCCGGACGCCGAAUUCUUAGAUUACGUAAACGCACCGAUCGGAAAAGGUAAGCCGAUACAGGUGCCUUUGAAGCCGCUCGUCGCUGUUCCGACGACAUCAGGUACCGGUUCCGAAACAACUGGUGUGUCUAUUUUCGAUUAUCGACCACUGAAGGCCAAAACUGGAAUUGCAAAUAGAGCCCUACGUCCAACUUUGGGAAUCAUCGACCCUCAGCACACUCUGACUUUACCAGAGAAAGUAUGCGCUUAUUCUGGUUUCGACGUGCUGUGUCACGCAUUGGAAUCCUUCACAGCGAUACCUUACACAGAAAGGACACCAUGCCCAACAAAUCCAAUCCUAAGACCGGCCUAUCAAGGCAGCAAUCCUGUGAGCGACGUUUGGGCGCGAUAUGCUCUGCAAGUUAUGCGCAAAUACUUUCAACGAGCAGUUUACAACCAAGAUGAUUUAGAAGCAAGGAGUCAGAUGCACUUAGCAAGUACAAUGGCAGGUGUUGGCUUUGGAAAUGCCGGAGUUCACCUUUGCCACGGUCUCUCGUAUCCUAUCAGUGGAAACGUUCGAAACUUCCAACCAGAAGGAUAUAGUAAGAAUCAUCCUAUUAUCCCUCAUGGUCUAUCCGUGGUGAUUUCCGCGCCAGCCGUGUUUUCUUUCACGGGAAAUGCAUGCCCAGAAAGGCAUUUGGAGGCUGCGAACUUGCUCGGUGCGGACGUCAAGAAUGCCAAACGAGCAGAUGCCGGCAAAAUUUUGGCCGACACAGUCAAAGAGUACAUGCGAAUUAUGAAAGUCGAAAACGGCUUGACGGAGCUCGGUUUCAAGAAAGAAGACAUUCCUACAUUAGUUCAGGGGACAUUGCCUCAGCAUCGCAUUACGAAAUUGGCGCCACGCGAGCAAUCCGAAGAGGACCUCGCGCAAUUAUUGGAAAAUUCGUUUACCAUAUAUUAAUAAUCGUUUUGUGAUAAGAUCAAAUUUUGAUCAAGCAUAUGUAUAUAUAUCAUAGACGAUAAAUAGAACUUCUAUUUUUUUACAUUAAACGCAACAGGAAAAAAACUACUAGAAAGCAUAUCAAAGUUUUUUAGAAACGUAUUUUAUCGAACUUAUUUUGUUGUCUUGAAAAAUUCAAAUUGUUUGUUAUACGAAAAUAAAUGUGUUUUUAACUCACCAGAAUGAUUAUUUCUAUGGUUCAUUUUAUGUAACAUUGUUUGAAAAGUUAUGGUUAAUAAAAUUAUAAUAAAUUAUUAAUAAUAAAA